ACACAUUGCUACAUAUCUAAGAGUUGAAGUAUGUCCCCGCCCACAUUGCUACACAAGUUCCGAUUUGCUGCUACCAACCCAUCCGCGGCAUUGUCCGCCUGUAAUUCGCUCACCUGGAUGCUACGCGGAUCUCUCUCCUUUCUCACCUAUUUAACGCUGUUCGUUGCUCAAUCGAGCGUCUCCACAGCUCAACAGACAACCAACAGUGACAUUCAACCUUCAAGGUGUCCGUCUGUCAUUUUGACCAACACGUGGAACGAAGAAACCAUUCAAAAGUUUAGAGGAUGUGACAUCAUAGAAGGCAAUGUGGAAAUCACAACCUGGAUAGACCACCUAACAGACACUCUAGCUUCAUACCUAGUGAAUGUCACUGAGAUAUCCGGAUAUCUCCAGCUAGAAAACUUACAACAUGUUGAGAAUUUCACUCUGUCUCAACUCAGACUGGUUCGGGGUCAACAAACAGUGCUGAGAGAUUUACAAGGAUUUGGAUCGAGAAAUUACUCUGUGAUCAUUACGAAUGGAAUGAGAAUAGAGGAAUGGCCGUUUGUAAACCUGCAGGAGAUCUCACGUGGAGAUGUCUUGUUGUAUGACAUUCCCAGGUUGUGUAAUGUUGACACGAUUGAUUGGGAGGACGUACAGAAUAGACGAGUUAAUGGAGUGGUGACGCACAAUGUUGGAGUGGCUGCUGGUCUAACGUGUAAGUCGUGUAAUGAGUCGUGUGAUGGAUACUGUUGGUCGCCUCAGGUUUGUCAAACAAGAAGUCUAAAGAUUUGCAGUCCUGUGUGCAAAAGCCAGCGUUGUACAGGACCUGGUGUGUUUGACUGCUGUGACUCUCAGUGUGUUGGUGGAUGCUAUAGUACAAGUCAGUGUGUGGGUUGUAAGUCAUUUCAAGAUGGCAACGUUUGUGUUGACAAAUGUGCAUCUCUUGAAGUCUACAAUCCAAGCACAUUUCAGUACGUUUCCAACUCGGACGGCCGAUUCAUUGUAGGAUCUCAAUGUGUUCUUCAGUGUCCAAACACUAUGUUUUCUGAUGGACAACAUUGUGUUGAUAGCUGCUCAUCUGGAAGUUAUGCUAAUGGCUCAGUGUGUGUUCACUGUGCUGGUGUGUGUAAGCACACUUUAGAGUGUGUUGGUGGCUUGUUUACCAGUGCUAACGCUGAGACAUUUCGAGACUGUACAAACAUCACGACUAAUUUGACAAUUUCUGGAAGUGUCACGUCUCCUGGUGAUCUGGAGAUGUUGAGCUCUAUUCGUUACAUCCACCAUUUCUUGAAAAUUGAUGCUGUGAAUAACAUCAAGUCUCUAAGCUUUCUUCGUAAUUUGGAGGAAAUUGCAGGAGAACAACUGGAUUUAGACGUUUUUGCGCUUGUGGUGGAUUCUAACAUACAACUGGAAGAGCUUGGACUUAUCUCUCUACGCAAGAUAUCUAAGGGAAAUAUAUUUGUUGGCUAUAAUUCCAACUUGUGUCUAAUCAUCAGUAAAGCUAAUCUUGAGGCAGCAGGAAUAAUUUCAGUUGAUCAUAUAACCUUUACUACCAAUUGUGGUUCUAAUUCUAAACCUACUUGUCACACACAAUGCAAGGCUUUUUCCGGAUGUUGGGGUCCUAACAAUAAUCAGUGUCUUGCUUGUCAAGCAUUUGACGACACUGGAACUUGCGUUCCUAAUUGUGACACAGUAAGCUCUAACAGGCUGUUGUAUGCACACACAGCAAGUAAGACGUGUGUAGAAUGCAACGAACAAUGUGCAGGUGGCUGCAGUGGUUCGAAUGCAGACGACUGUGACCGAUGCAAGACUGUUCAAGAUGGACCAUUUUGCAGAUCUAGUUGUCCACCGGGAAAGUAUCCCAACGCCACAGGUCACUGCUUGUGGUGCAACGCAGCAUGCAAAGAUGGAUGCUCGGGUGGUAGCAGCAAUGUGGGUUUGGGUGGCUGCAAUGACUGUGAAAUAUUCUUGCUAAAUGAGAACGAAACAUUAGCAGUUCAGUGUGUUACCCAACAAUCAGGGUGUCCUUCUGGCAAGUACGAAGUUUUGAUAUCUGAACCAGUUGAUCAUCCUUUUAUUCUUCAUCGAGUUUGUCGACAAUGCGACCCACUUUGUACCAAAUGUUCUGGUGCUGGAGCAGCAAACUGUGACUCGUCAACCUGUUCACACGCUUCCGACAAUGGACUUUGUGUUGCAUCUUGUCCAGCUAACAAAUACGAAUCAUUAAAUGGCACAUGUGAGCCCUGCCCACGCAGUUGCCAUGGAAAUGGCUGCAGGUUAAUAUCUCAAAAUGCAAGUAACUGCAGUGACAGUUCAUGUCAAGCAAAUGCUACAACAUCUAAAGCAGCUGGAAGUAUAGAAUGUAUACCAUGCCAUUUCUAUGUGCUCGCCGCAAAUGGAAUGACAACUUGUGUGGAAUCGUGUCCGUCUGAUCGACCGUUUGUUAACGCAUCCACUCGUUCGUGUUCGGAUCAAUGCGCUGCGUUUAUCAUGGACAUCAAUGGUACAAAAAUUUGUUUGUCUGAAUGUCCAGAUGAGAAACCAUUUGGUCACAAGAAAACGUUGACAUGUUACCAACAAUGUCCGUUUGACACGUUUGUUGCCCCUGAUGUACGCAAUGUGAAUGUCAAGUAUUGUAUUGACUGUCACUCUGAGUGUCGUCGACGCACUGGAAGUAAUCAGACGUGUGUGAAUGCUUCUAGUUGGGUAGGAGCUUGUCUGCAUGGUUGUCAGAAUUUUCGCGAAGGAGGCAAGUGUGUGGCAAUGUGUGGUGAAGGAAAGGUGUCUGUUACUGAGGAUCCAGUGGGUGGACAUGAUGUUGAUCAGACUUGUGUGGAGAGUCGAGGAUCAAUACAGUCAACGAUACAGUCAACGAUGCAGUCAACGAUGCAGUCGGAUGAGACUUCGUCUGUGAAUAACAAUCCGGAGGCAGUUGAUCAAGGGGACUCUGACAAUUUCGUUUUUAUUGUUGCUGGAGCUGCAGGUGGCGGAGGCUUGCUUCUAUGCUUUCUUAUUAUUAUUGUGUGUUGUGUGUGUCAUCGACAACGUCAAAAACAUCGUCAAAUUGAGUUAGUUGUUUCUAAUGAUUAUGUUAUGAAACCUUUGCAAAAUGGUAAGAGACUUACUGGUGAACGUAGGCUUGUAAUGGUUGAUGAAAAGCAUAUAGAGAAACUGGAUCUCUUGAGCCAAGGCGUGUUUGGCUCAGUAUACAAAGGCACGUGGUCACGCAAGAAUAUUCUAGACAAAACAACUGUUUCUCUUCGAGUUCUCAACAAAGGUGGUUCGAGAAUUUCUGGCAAAAAACAUUUUGAAAUUCUUGCAUCAUUUGGUCACCCACACGUUGUCAGUCUGUUGGGUUUGAGCAUGACGUCUGAUGUCAUGCUUAUUUAUGAGUUUGUGCCUUUGGGUACUCUGGCAUCAUACUUGAAGAGUCACAAGACGAUUCUCACUGGGGAGGACUUGCUGUCGUUUUCUAAGCAAAUUGUGGAGGGAAUGAGUUUUCUUGAGGCUAUUAGAAUUCUGCAUCGCAACCUUUCAGCAAGCAGUGUUUUAGUUGACACUCCAUCAACAGUGAAAAUAGCAGACAUUGCGCUGCCUGCCAUUGUGAACGUUGGUGAAUCAUACUACAAAACAGAAGGCCCAACAGCACCAUUGAAGUGGCUUGCUCCUGAGUGUCUUCAGAAGCACAACUUCUCACACAAAAGUGACGUCUGGGCAUUUGGUGUGACGUUGUGGGAGAUCAUGACUCUUGGCAAUGUGCCUUAUAAAGAUGUCCAAAUUAAUGAGCUGCUUGGUUUGUUGAAAGAAGGUCGCCGACUGCCUAUACCGCUUUCCACUUCAAACUCUUUGUAUUCAAUUAUGCUGCAGUGUUGGAAUUAUACUUUCAGCAACAGACCUGAUUUUCAACACAUAUUAAAUGAAUUAAAUCUUGCUUUAGAAAAUAGUUCCGAAUAUGUCACGAGUCCGGCGGACAUUGCAAGGAGAAAUGCCUUAGCAGGAAGUGGGACGGAAAGUGCAUACACUGAGCUGGACUUUGAUCAGACAGAUGACAAAGACGACGAUGGAUAUGACCUAUCAGCGGGGACAACAACGUUUCCUGGAGACGGUGGAGAUUGGUACACUGCCAGUGGCAUGUAUAUCAGCCCGUUAAGCUAUGCUGCAAGAGACAAGCUGUCUCCGUCACCGAUGUCUCUGAGUGCCAAUCCAAUGUAUGGCAGUCAGGACCCACUCAAUGUCAAUCCACUGUAUCACGGUCAAGACCGUGCUGACAGUCUAUCGGCAAGAAAACAUGAAAAUAUACUGUAUGUCUCCAUGGAGACAAUGAAAUCAAGUGAAGUAAACGAAUCGAAAAACGUUCUAUACGAGUCACUUGAGUAUGAUAAUAGCGAACGAUAAUGAGUGACUGUUUAGUUGAUGUAGGAAGAUGAGAUAUCUACAGUAACUGCCUGGUUUGUAUCAUGCAACCGUAGAGAUAUUUGUAGUUGUGAAACAAAGGGGUGAGUCGUCUAUUUAGAAAUAGUUAGUGAUGUAGAAAGUGUGGACGACCUUUUAGUACUAGUUGAAUAUUUGUAGUCUGUUGUCGAUUUUACAUGCAUUUGCAGUACUCAGUUGGAGUCAGUAGUAAAAUGUACUAUCCGUGUA